AGACAUGUUUCUUCUCCUAAUUGCAUAAACCUCUUAGCCAAACUCUCUUCCUUAAAUCCCUUGCACCUUCUCUUAAUUUCUUUCAACACAACCUUGUUGAAAUCCCUGGGUUCCCUUUCAGAAGGCCCGUCUCUCCUAUAAGUUUGGAAGCCAUAGAAGGCUUUGAGAUUUGGCCGUAGAAGGAUCGAAUUGUUUCCGAAGAACCAUCAUUGGAAAAUGAGUGGGAAAGAGGGUAGUAUUGAGAUUAAUAUUCCUUCUAAACAGCGAGAAACUAAGAACAAAUCUAGCAAGCCAAGCUUUUCAUGCAAAGAAUGGGUUUCAAGCGUUUGGAAAUUUGCCAAAGAAGACACCAACAGAGUAUUAUUCUCACUUAAAAUGGGGUUAGCAGUUCUUCUUGUAUCACUUCUAAUACUUUGCCAAGCACGUUAUCGAGUUCUUGGCAUCAAUACUGUCUGGGCCAUCCUCACUGUUGCCAUCGUGUUUGAACAUACUGUAGGUGCGUUUUUGGAAUUCAAAUAAAUGAAUUUUUUUUACAUCUAGUUGUAUAACAUCUUAGACGAGGUUGUUAACAGUAUAAAUUAUGUCUAUGAAGGUGCCACACUCAAACGAGGAUUCAACCGAGCAUUUGGCACCAUAGUCUCCGGAAUAUUAGCCAUUGCCAUUGCUCAGUUAGCUUUGCACACUGGACGGAUUGCAGAGCCUAUUGUAAUUGGUGUGAGCAUCUUCAUUGUUGGUAAGAUAGCAAAUCAAACUCAUUCCCUUUUUUCCUCAAUCGAGACAAACUCAAGAGAUAACUAUCCAUACACUGAUAAGGUACGUAUGGAUUCCCGAGAAGAAAGGAGCUGAGGUGAUCCCGGACCGCCCAGAUCCCAUUGUUUUUCUUGUCAAUUAAAACUGUUAAUUCAAAUACUUAAUUCAAUAAGAUCAUGGAGAGCAAUAAUGAACAAACAAAAACAUAAACUCAUGCACAAACCCACAGAUUCAUAGUAGUUCGCUCUCAAAUUAAUAGCCAAGAUGACUCACCGUUGUUGAUUUUCACUAAUUUGGAGAAAAUCUUACACCUUUAUGUUCGAUCUCACAUCACAAAAAAAUGAAAAAAAUGGUACCUCAAGGCUCCUAAAGUAAGAAUUUAGGACGUCCUAAUACAAAGAUAUGAAUCAUCCAUGUAUCUCCAUAUAAAAGAAAAUUCACCUUAGGGGCUCUGGUUCUCAAAUACCCCCAAUCGCAGUCGAGGGAUAAGUGAGCUCCAAAGAAUUCAACAACGGAAGAAGAACUCAUAUGACUAAUGAGAAAUCUGGUUUAAUAUUUUGCAGGGACUGUAACAUCAUUCAUGAAGUUACUGCCAUCCUUUGUGCCAUAUGUAGCUGGAUUUCGAGUUAUAAUAUUCACCUAUGGUUUGAUCAUUGUCUCCGGCUGUCGAUUGGGGAACCCAAUCAGAACAGCCUUGGAUCGGCUUUCCUCAAUAGCCAUUGGAGGGAUCAUAGCAGUAGCAGUAAAUGUAUUCAUUUUCCCUAUAUGGGCUGGGGAUCAGUUACACAAAGAACUCGUCAAUAACUUCAAUUCAGUGGCUGAUGCACUUGAAGAAUGUGUGAAGAAGUACUUGGAAGAUGAUGGAUCAGAACAUGAAGAAUUCUCAAAGACUGUCAUGGAUGAGUUUCCUGAUGAACCCGCAUACAGAAAAUGCAAAUCCACGUUGAUCUCCUCUGCCAAACUUGAAUCUUUGGUACUAAUUAUCUUUCAAUCAGAUAAUACAUAGAGAUCUUUUCUCCUUUCUUCACAGGUUUCAAGGUUUGUUCGGUAAGGUGGACUGAACAAUUUUAUACUUUAAUUGGACAGUAUUAGCAAGGAAAUGGAAGCUAAAAUCCGGUUCAUUGUACUGUCUAAUUAAGAGUGGGCAACUUGACAUUUUAACCCGAACCACCUGAACAAGACCAAAUUAGCUAGUUUAGUUCAAUUCUAGUUAAAAUUAACUGGUUCCGGUUCUCAGAAAUGACAGUAUGAUACUGAUCUAGUUCAGGCUUACCAUUUUAAUUUUUACAAAAUUAUUAUUAAAAAUCUCGACAUUAAAUCAAAUUUAUAUCAACUUACACAAAUUAAUAAGUAUUCAAAAUAAACAUUUCUAUUGCCUGGGGAAAGAAAAUACACUAUAGUUUGUACUUUCCAAUUAUUUUCU